ACCGGAGGGACGCCACGCCGCUCAUCCACACGCGCAGGCUGCGCGCAUGGAUCGCUGAGCGCGCUUUCAGAAGGCAAAGCUCUGUCAUCAAGCUGUUAUUCAUCCCCGCAUCGCGGAAGCUCGGCCUGGUGCAUCAUGGGAACUCAUCAGCGGCGUGACAGGUACAAUAUAUGAGGACUGAGAGGUCGUCAUGGAGACUGGCAGCUACACCUCGGGCCCAGCCACCACAGCCUGGGCUGGGACAGUGGCCGCCGGUCUGGGAGGGCUUCAGGAGCAGGGAGGAGGAGGAGGAGGAGGAGGAGGAGAGGGCCUGUCCUACCCUCCCGCCUCCUGGUACAUGCCGUACUCGCUCAGCUUCCAGGUGUCGCUCACUGCCUUCCUCAUGCUGGAGCUGGUGUUGGGUUUCAGCAGCAACUUGACCGUUCUUGUGCUCUACUGUUCUCAGUCCAACCUGGUGGACUCGGUGAGCAACAUGGUGACGGUCAACCUGCACGUCCUGGACGUGGCGGUGUGCGUGCUGUGCAUGCCCCUCACCCUGGUGGUCGUGCUCCUGCCCCCCGGACCGAAUCUGGCCUUGCUCUGCUGCUUCCACGAGGCCUGCGUCACCUUCGCCAGCAUAGCCACGGCCGUCAACAUCCUGGUCAUCAGCCUGGAUCGGUAUGACAUCUCGGUGCGCCCGGCCAACAGGCUGCUCACCACGCGGCGGGCGGCGCUGCUCCUGGUCGCAGUGUGGGUCACAUCGGUCGCUGUGUUCUUCAUCCCGUUCCUGGAAGUGCAGUGGUUGGAUGAGGAGGGACCCGAGGAGGCGGGGCAGGCCACACCCCUGUCUUCGCCCUUGCGCAGUGUUAGCGCCACAGCGACGCCGGCGUGGCGUAACCGGACCCUUCUGUGUGUGGGCGGGCAGGGCUACCACACAGGCCUGGGAGUGUAUUACCAUCUCAUCCUGCAGGUCCCUAUCUUCUUCACCACCGUGGCGGUUAUGCUGUUUACCUACUCCAGAAUACUGAGAGCUCUGAACAUUCGCAUUGGCUCCCACAUGAAGAAGAACCAGCGCUUUAAGGCCCCCACCUGCAGGGGGCGCCACAGAAGAGAGAAAAAGAGGCGGGCAGGGCUGAGGAUGGCUGACGGCGGCGAGGUGGGAGGGGAGCAGUGCACCAUCGACGGUACCAAACAGCUCAGCCAUCCUCCCCUCAUCCCGUCCCCGUCCCCUACCCCGACUGCUACCUCCCCCCCCGCCCUCUCCUCAUCUGCCCCUCUCGUCACCACCGACCUCGGCGCCGCGACGCCCAUGCCAGCCACGAUGGGAGUCCACGCGUCCGUGUCGGCCAUCAUCGCCCUGCGGCGGGCGGUGAGGCGGCACCGAGAUCGGCGGGAGCGUCAGAGGCGGGUGUUCAGGAUGUCCCUCAUCAUCAUCACCACGUUCCUGGGCUGCUGGGCGCCGCUCUCGGUGACCAACGUGCUGAUCCUGAGCGUCGGCCCCAGCGACGUGCUGGUCAGCCUGCGCCUCUGGUUCCUCGCCUUGGCUUACGGCACCACUGUCUCCCACCCGCUGCUCUACGCGUUCACGAGACAGAAACUGCGCCGCGCGCUGCGUGCCAAGGUCAAGAAGAGGGUUGUGUCCCUGCUCCAGGUCGACCCCUCUCCAGGGGGCACCGUGAUACACAACUCUUGGGUGGAGAACAGAAAAACCAGCCGGCAGGUGAGACUGGAGGCGAGCGAAGGCACAGACCGCUGCCUGGCCGAGGCCCUGUGAGACCGAAACGUGUGGGUCAGGCCGGGAUAAUUAAA